GAGAGCAGCGCUGAGGACUGAACCGCACACCCCAAACUUCACAUGAAGCCCAGCUUUAAAUAUUAAAUACCAAUCCUCCUCAUCUGAACGAACCAAAAUGAGGAGAUUUCAGGAUGGGAACUGAGUGGUUUCAACCCAGGAACAUUAUUUUGUGACGUCCAGGAUUUUACAUCUCAGAAACAGUCUGACGAUUCCCCCUAACCUGCUAACCUUUUAGCAUAAUGGAUCCGUCUUUAGCUCCCACAGCUCUCUACACCCUCACUCCCAUCCAGAACCUCUCAGCACCCUCCUCCUCUCCCUCUAUCUCUCCAUCGCCCAGCUUUGCCUCCACCGCUCUCUUCUGCUCCCUCCUCUCACUCCUCUCCCUGCUGGGCAUCACAGGAAACCUUUACACUUUGAUUCUCCUUCUGAGGCGCAGCAGAGUUAGGAGAAGACGUGGAGCUGGACUGGCCUGCUGCCUAACAAAAAUACCCGUCCCUUCCUGUCUUGCGAACUCUGCCUCUCCUUCCUCCCCCUCCUCCUCGCCCUCUUCCACCUCUCUUCACCUCCAGGUGCUGAGCCUGGCGCUUGCCGACCUGCUCUACCUUUUCACAGCUCCCUUCAUCGUGUACGACAGCCUGGCAUCCGGAUGGGCCUUCGGGGAGCUGGGCUGCCGCCUCCUACUGAGUCUGGACCUCCUCACUAUGCACGCCUCCAUCUUCACCCUCACCGCCAUGAGCAUGGAUCGCUACAGAGCAGUAGCCCAUCCCCUGCGCACCUCCUCUUCCAGCUCCUCCAACCUGCUGCGGGUCACCCUGGCAUGGGGUCUGGCGGUGGCUCUUAGCCUGCCCAUGAUGAUCACCUUGCACCUGGAGGACGGGGAGGACGGCGAGGGACAACUGUGCGUCCCGGCGUGGGAUGAGCAGAGCUCCAAGGCGUAUCUGAGCGUGCUUUUCUGCACCAGCAUCCUCGGCCCUGGGCUGGCCAUCGGAGGACUUUACGCAACUCUGGGCCGGCUCUACUGGGUUUCACAGACCCAGCCAGCCUGGGCGAACGGAACCGGCGCGGCGAGCACUCCCCGAGCACCAAAACCCAAAGUUCUGCUCCUCAUCCUGGGUAUCGUCCUGGCCUUUUGGGCCUGUUUCCUCCCCUUCUGGAUCUGGCAGCUGCUCCCCCUCUACCAGCCCGACAUGCUUCGGACAUUACCGGUGGGGACCCAGGUGACGGUGAACCGCAUCCUAACAGGACUCACUUAUGGAAACUCCUGUGUCAAUCCUUUCUUCUACACGUUACUGACUGGGAAGCGGAAACCAAACAGGCAGGUGCUCGCAUCAGCCAAUCAGCUCUGCCGCAAGGGCAGCCCCCUGCAGUGAUGUCACAUCCUCACCAACCUCCUGAGAGGAGUUGACCCUCCACUGUCUUCAGAUCAAACUACAUUGGUGUCAAAUGUUUUGCAGCAAAAUUCUUAAUUUGUUUCGCUAUAAUUUUAAAGAUAUUUAUAAAUGUUUCCAGAGGUCAUCAAAGGUCAAACAGCUCCCCACAUUUACAAAAUAAAACUAAUUUGGUCUCAAUCAAUUUUACUGUUUGUAGCACAUUUUUGAGGCAGUUGAUUGACAUCAAAUUUGUUUGAUUUUGUAGAUGUGUGGGGGCUUAUUGACCUCUGAAAACUUUCAUUAAUAUCUUUAAAAUGAUAACACCACAAAAAAAAAGAGUUUGCUGCCCAAAGUUUGACACACAUUUUGUUUAAUUUGAGAAAGGUGGAGUGCACUAAUGUGCAGUUCUAAAAAGGCAUAAGGAUGCUUCAGAAGUUCCAGAAUUGGCUACCAAAGAUGGAAGCAAUGAGGAUGUUGAACAAAUGAUAGCACUUUGUACGAAAACUUUAUGAAAGGACAAUGUUUGCUUUAUCAGAGAAAAUAGUUUAUGUUGAAUUUUACCUGAGAAAGAUGGAAAUGUUUCUCAAAAAUUCUAAAAAAAAUUAAAUGAUACAUCGCCUUACAAAAGUAACUUUUCCACUUUCUUUGCAGAACCACAGACGUCAAUGUAUGUUAUGGGAAGUUGUGUGAAAAAUCAACACAAAAUAGGGCUUAAUUGUGAACAAGAAGGAAAGUGUGCCAUUCAUUUGAAUUCAGAGCCUAUGCAUUGUAGAGACUGAAAGUUUUCAAUCAUUUUUAAUGCUUGCUAACAAUUUUCAAUAAGAUUUAGGUCUAAUCCAUUCCAAGAUUUCAACAUGCUCUGAUCUAAACAUUUUUAAUUGUCAUUGUCCUGCUUGAAGGUGAACAUUCAACACUAACUGAAAUCUUUUGCCACCUCUAACAGGUUCUCUACCCUGUAUUUAGCUCCAUCCGUCUUCCCAAAGACUCUGACCAACUUCCCGGUCCCACAGCAUUACACUGCCACUGCCAUUUAAAUGGUGGAUACAUUGCUUUUUACGCCGCGCAUAGAGUCUAAAUAAAGCUCUGAUUCUCUGUUUAGGUGGACGGUCUUUCCCUGGUAGGUUUGCAUCUGUGGCAUUUCCGUUCUCAGAAGAUGGAUUGAACAGCGUGAUGAUCAGAGCUCAGGGAUAAAGUUUACAACGUUGACUCUGCUGUGUUUCUUGGUCGCCUUGAUGCUGUUUAUUGUCCAAUGACUUCACAGAACAGAUGGAUUUAGAUUAAGAAAAAGCCACAAACUGUUGGGCUCUGUUCACUAAAGAUUUCAAAAGGCAGUUGGUUGCAAUGAAUUUUAUUUCAGAUUAUUGGAGUGAAAGGGGCUGAACAAAUAUAAAGACUACAACUUUUAGAGUUUUAUUUGCAAGACAUUUUGAGAGUCAUGCACCAUUUUCCUUCCACUUCACAAUUAUGCACAAAUUUGUGUUGGUCAAUAACAAAAAGUUCAAACAAGACACACAGACGUUUGUGAUUUUAACGAGAAAAAAUGUGAAAAAGUUCAAGGUGUGAAUAUUGUUGAAAGGCACAAAUUUAUCUCAGUGGAUGGAAUUGCUUAUAUAUUUUUUAAUUUGUUCAGUAUUUAACAUAGCAAUAAUUAGUAUCUACAGAAAUUACAUGUACAAAGAAAUGGAGUCGACUGGUUUAUUAUACAAAUAAAAACAAUAAUUUUAAGACUGCAGACCAGAUAUCAUAUGUUGCGAAUGUGUUGCAUUUCCAGUGAACCCUCUGACACAUUUCUGCUUGUUUUUAGAAAAAACUCAAUGAAAAUGUUUGUUUUUAGACAACUGGUUGUGUCUGGCCAGGAAUUCAAGGGGAUAUUUUUCUGAGACAUUGUUUGUUGACAUAAUAAAUUAUGUUUGAGCAUGUCUGCAGGGUUUUUGUUUUCUGCUUCUGACCUUUGACAUAUCUUUUAAAAAACAAAUUUUCUGUAAUCUUGACCUGCAUGUUUGGGUUUGGGUAAAAAUGUACUUAUUGUCAUUAAUUACACAAUGUGCUGCAUGGCCUUUCCUGCUAUUAAUGCUAAAUUAGGUUUUUAUUGUUGCAUAUAUUCCUGAAUAAAGGAUUUGCUCUCUAUAUUU